AUGGCGAAUGGCGUAUUGCCCGAGACCGAAAGGAAGUGGAAGGAAACCGCUCGGAAGUACAAGGGAAAGAAUCAAUCCCUGCGGAUGAACUUGAAAUUGCACUCCGCGUCCAGAGUCAGCAAUAAGCAGUUUCUACUCUUCAGGACCAUCCUACCGUCCAUUAUCCGCCCACGGCAGCUCAAUAACCAGACCCUUGGCAUAGCGCCUUGGAUGACGCAAGCCCGUCAACUCCUAGGAGGUGCAGCUUUCAGAGAUUAUAUCUCUGAUCUCACCACCAGGCAGAGUCAGGGUGCAGCUUGGGCAGGAAACGACAGACUGUUCAGGAUUCCAGCUAUCCAAAAACAGCAAGUAAUUCGGAACGAGCCUCGGGACGAAAGUUCUGAAGCCAGUGUCAACACUGCCAUCCUGACGGCAGACUUUGGCACGGUAAGACGCAAAAGACAGUUCGUUGCAUAUACUGAUGGCCAGCUGGUGGAUACCUUCAGUCGUGAGAUUGUGGCACUCAUUGAGUAUCAACGAUCCCGGCGGGCGUAUCAUUCCCCAGCUGUUGAUAUGCAGGAGGUGGCACAGAUGGUGGCAUGGGUGAAGCAGCACCCGGGCGUCCCAGGAAACGGUAAGCGAGUUCUUGUGUCACAGGAUGGAACCAAUAUUUAUAUCUCGGUCUUCCAGUACGACCAAGGAUGGCUCCGCUAUCUCAAGGGAGGCCGCGGGAGUAUCGUGCAUCCUGGAUUUGCCUACAUGCACAGAUACGGCCCCUGGAACAUCUGGAAGGCAGCACAGAUGAAUCAUUUUGCUGAAAUCAUCCUCGCCCUGCUAUUUAUGUAG